AUGCCUCCUCCUUCACACCCUGAAGGCAGCGCAAUGGCCUCAGAGGCGUCUUGGUUGUCUCUUCUUUGGGCCGGAAUGAAAAGAGCUACUGGGCAGCCACCUCAGGUAAGGGAAGGAGAAUUGGGGAGAGCCAUCACGGUGGCCUGGGUGGCUCCCACUCUGUUGAGUGGGGAGGGCUGUUGUGUCAUCCACACCCUUGCUCUGAGAUGUUCUGGCAUUCCCUUGUACCACCUCCCCACCCCCACCCCCUUAACAAGAUGUACAGCUCAGAGUUGGGUUUUGGUGGGAAUUUCUAUAACCUUUCUUCCAUUCCUCCUGCCACCGCAUAUCCUAUCUGAAUACUCCAUUCCCAGCAUAAUGAAAUAUUAUGCAUGUGGUGGAAUACAAUUAAUUUACUGAAUACAAAUGAAUAACAAUGGUUGCAUGAUUAUGAGCGCUUUGCUUCAGACUGUGUUGUUGUUGUUUGAAGUUUUUAUUUGUACUUUUCCAGUUUAUACAUUUCAUUAGUUUCACAAUCAAUUUAACAUUUCAAAGUUUGACUUCCUUCUCCUUCUUUCUGCAGUUCCUUAAAUUAAUUUUGUAAAUAUCUUCUGCAUAUCCAAAUUCAUUUAAUUUGCUCAUUUACUUACCUACUUUACAUAUAUACUCUUAUGAAACUGCAGGUUAUUGCAGUAAUCCUGCCAAUGUGUUUUAUCUGUUUGCAUUUUAUCUGUAAAUAUUCAGUAAGCCAUUUCUGUUCUUUUAUAAAAAGUUUGUUAUCUUGAUUUCUUAUUCUUCCGGUAUGUUUCGUCAUUUCUGCAUAUUCCAUAAGUUUUUGUAUCCAUCCUUCCUUUGCUGGGACUUCUACUUCUUUCCACUUUGGGGCAAGUAGCUACUACAGCUUUGUUUCAGACUUUUGUUAUCUUAAUGCAGAUGCAACUACUAAAAUGCUGAAGCUAUACUGAUAAAUUAGCUCUGCUUCACAUCCACCAGCAAGUCGUUCAACACCAUCUCCCAAACUCCACUCUCAACAACUCUCUGCUUGACUCUGAACUGAACUGCAGACAGUCUCACCAUCAGUGCUCAAACUCCUUUUCAAACUCAUAUCCAAUUGCCAGUCACUACCAAUAUUCCCAACUCACUCACUCCCCCUAACUGUUUAGCGAAGUUUUUAAUGUUAGUUGUUUUAUUGUUUUUUUAAUAUUCUGUUGGGAGUGGCUUGGAAGGCCCGGCCAGAUGGGGGGUAUAAGUAAUAAAUUAUUAUUAUUAUUAUUAUACCACCUCCCUAACAUUUUGUUUGAUUCCUCUAAUGUACUGGAAGCCUUCCAGAGUGCCUGCUGAAAUCCAGCCCAACAGAUGUGACAUAAACAAUAAAAUAAUAAUAAUUAUUAUUAAUGUACUUCCCUCUGUAUUUACCUUAAUGAGUAUUAAUGCCAGUGCAUAAAAUAUUAUGUACAAAAACCCAGAACCUCACAAGGGACUCUGAAUUAAUACUCCUUUUUCUCUCUAUGUUUGCACUGCAAAAUCUCACAAGCCACCUAGUAGUCAGUAAAUGGAACCACACAUAGAGCAACGUUAACUGUUUCCUCUUUUCAAACUGGGAUAAUAGUGCAGUUUUGGUCAUUUGUGUUUCAUUUUUAUUCCAGGCAUUCUUGGCGUUUGAGGAGGUGGCUGUGUUUUUCACGGAGGAGGAGUGGGCUCUGCUGGAUCCCGACCAAAGAGCUCUGCACAGGGAUGUCAUGGUGGAGAAUUAUGAGAUGGUGGCCUCUCUAGGUAAGGGCACUUCCUUCAUGGAUAGAUGUUGAAGGUAUGAAUUCAUUGUGCUCCUCCAGGCAUUCUCCUUGGUUUAUCCUCAUAACCCAUGUUCAUUUUUGUCUCCACAAAAGUUUCCCACCUCUAAUGCUUUGGCUGCAAUUGAUUUCCUCCUAAAAUAUUGUAGCAUUCCGUACAAUUGUUCUGGUGUUAUAUUUGUUUCUGAAGCCCUGCCAGUAUUUCUAUACUGCCAUAUUGUAUAACGGGUUGCCAUCCUUUUGGGCCAGUGGGUACAUUUGUGAGAGAAUGCUGUGGGAAACUAUACAGUAAGUGUAGGCUCACUAUACAGUGAAUUCUUAAUACAGUCGUACCUUGGAAGUCGAAUGGAAUCCGUUCCGGAAGACCGUUCGAUUUCCAAAAUGUUUGGAAACCAAAGCGCAGCUUCUGAUUGGCUGCAGGAAGCUCCCAUUGGACGUUUGGCUUCCAAAAAUAGUGUGCAAACCGGAACACUCACUUCUGGGUUUGCGGCAUUUGGGAGCCAAAAUGUUCGAAAACCAAGGUACAGGUGACUCCCCAUUUAUGCAGGUGGGGGUCCUCCUGGUAUUUCUGCUGCCAUCGGUAUUGUGGGAAGAAGACUUUUUUUGUGGCAGUUGUGGAACGCUCUCCCCACAAGUCAUGCCUCUAUCAUCUUUAGUGUAGAGUUUUCACCCUUUGUCUUUUGUAGAACCCUCCUCCCUCUAUGACCUGAUAUGGUUCUGUUCCAUUUGGAAUGGUUGAGCUUGGUUUAGAAUUGUAGCUGCCUACCUGUUUUUGUGCAUGUUAUAUUGUUGUAACUGAGUCUGGAACGUUAUGAUGAAGCGCAGGCCAGGAACCAGUAGAUAAAGCGCCUUUUAAGUUGCUUGACUUGGAACAGAUGUGGUCAAAAAGUAACUGGUAUUUUUUGUUCCCUUGAAAGAAUCAGACCUCCGCUCCUGCUGGGGAGAAUAUCCAUUUAUCCAGGAUCUCAAAGAAGGAGAGACAUCAACAGGUAGCUCUGCCUAGAUGUGUUGUGGGGCCCUUUUUGAUCUGGGAAUUGAAGGAUUUCCCCAUUUUGGAGUAAUAUCCCAGGCAAAUUGACCCAACAAGCUGUGAGACCUCUUCCUGGACAUCUUUCAAGGGGGAUUUGACAGAUUCAUUGAGGAUAAGACUGUCAGUGGCUACUACCUAUGUCAGCUAGGCGCUACUUCUUGAAAUGGGGAAAGCCAUAUGGCCCUCAAAACUCUUCCCAGGUCCCAUCACCUCUCAAGGAACCCCAGUGUCUCUACAGGCCAUCGUGAAAAUGUCACUUGCCAUUUUUCAUCAAUAUGGUGCACAGGACCCUUUGAAAGUGCACCGAUGGCAAGCAUUUUCUGCUAGCUUAAAAUAAAUAUCACAAACAUAGGGAAUAAUAUGCCUAUGGGAAAUGUGAUUGACCUGGAAGAAAGUGACAGAAGUAGAAACUGGCACUAAAGUACCAGUGUAAAGUUGGCACCUUUGUUACAGUUGAGUUUCUGAAUGGGGAAUUGAAAGGAAAAUGGUGGAAACAGAGACUUCUUUGCCUGGUGACAGAAAGUGGGAUCCGAACCCUAAAAGAAAUUUGUUGUGAUUGCCUUAGACCAGGGAUGUCCAACUCCCAAGAGACUGCAAUCUACUCACAGAAUAGAUAGAUAGAUAAUUUAUUACGGUUGGAGACCAGCUUAUAAAACAUACUUGGGGGUACAAUCCUAGAAGGAAAACAAACAUUUAAAACAAUGUACAACAAUAAAUUUAAAAUUUAUAAAUGCGAUAAGCGUAUAGACACUUAAAACUUUAAGAUAAGCUACCGCAGAGAUGACCCAGAGUCACCCAUGGAAGCGAGUUUGGGGAUUUUCUUAACGAGCUAGUUUGAGUCGGGGGAUGGUCUGCACCUACAGAUCUGUACACAGAAUCUGCCGACCAUCUGGGUCCUCUUAUGAUCUUUGCCUAACAGGAAAAGGUCAAAUUUUUGCUUUUCCGGGAGGUCAGCGAACCUCACCAGCAGGGGAUCAAUGGUCUCACUACGUGCCUCUUCAUAAAAGGGACAUCUAAAGAACAAGUGCUCUGGGCUUCCUAUAUCCCCCAAAGAACAGGUGCAAAGUCUCUGAGCAUAUGGGACUUUUUAAAAGGAUCCUUCCAGGACCAGCGAGGGCAGAGCCAAGCUUCUGGCGAGUGUGAAAGCCCUUCUUGCAUUUUUGGAUACGAGAAAGAAGAGACAUGCUGCCAGUGCGGCUAUAUCUCUCUUGAUUUCUCCAAUUUUAUAGUUGGGGCACCUUGAGCAGUCCUGUUGUCUCUUGGUGUCUAUGAUUCUUUACUCACAGAAUAAAAAACUAGCAGUGAUCUACCCCUUUUUUUUUUUAUGGAGGGGAUUUGAAAAUGUUGAACUUGGGGAAAGGGGGAAAUUCACUCACCAAAAGAUCGCCAAGGAAACAGUCAGCCUCAUAGUGAAAACGCCGUAUUGUGUUAUAACAAUCAUGUGCGAAUGGAGGGCGGGGCCAGAUGCUCUUUUGACACCACAAAUGAAAGGGAGCCCACGAUCUACCAAAACCUCCCAGGGCUCAACAAGUAGAUUGCGAUCGACCUGUUGGACAUCCCUGCCUUAGACUAACACAUUCAGAAGGCAACCUCAGUUUCAGCUUUGGAUAGUCAAAGGAGGGGUUGUCCAUGUGUGAAGAUGCUAAAACUGGAGAAGCAGCUACUUGGGUUUUAUUAUGGUGGUGAUGAUUUUAUUAUUUGUACCCCGCCCAUCUGACUGGGUUGCCCCAGCCACUCUGUGCAGCUUCCAAUGUAUAUAAAAACGAAACAUUGCACAUUAAAAAGCCAUUGAUUCCAAAGGAAGUCCUUUGUUUCUGCCUUGAAAUUCAAAUGCUGUUUUCUUUUGUCUAUCUCCACACAAACAGAUUAUGGGCAGAACAACUGGAAUUAUACAGAGCUCUCUGAGGUGCCGUUGGAAAGAGCGAAGAGCGAAUCACAGAAAGAGAUGUUUUUAGGUUUUAGAGAACUCAAAAAGGAUGAAGGAAACCUGUCAGAGAACGAAGAAAAGAAAUGCUCUACUUCUCUGGUCGUUGAUGCCCAUGAACCCCCAAUCUCACGGGAGGAUCACAACGAAAACAGCAGGAAAUUACGUCCACUAUGUGGAAAGAUAUUUCGAUAUGAAUCACAAUUAAAUCUACAUUACAAAAUCCACACAGGGGUGAACAUAUUUAAACCAACAGAGUGUGAAAAGACUGUGCCCUGCAGCUUACCAAAAUAUCAAAAUACCCACACAGGAGACAAAGCAUUUAAAUGCAUGGAGUGCGGAAAGAGCUUCAGUCAGAGAGGUAACCUUAUUCGUCAUCAAAUGACACAUUCAGGGGAGAAACCAUUUGAAUGCAGAGAAUGUGGGAAGAGCUUCAGUCAGAGCAGUCACCUUACUGCACAUCACAGAACACACACCGGGGAGAAGCCAUUUAAAUGCAUGGAGUGCGGGAAGAGCUUCCGAUUGAGCAGUCUCCUUACUUUACAUCACAGAACACACACAGGGGAGAAACCGUUUAAAUGCAUGGAGUGUGGGAAGAGCUUUGCUGUGAGAUCGUGCCUCACGUUACAUGAAAGAGCCCACACAGGGCAGAAAUCAUUUAAAUGCAUGGAGUGUGGGAAGAGCUUCAGUCAGAGCAGUAACCUUAUUCGUCAUCAGAUAACACAUUCCGGAGAGAAACCGUUUAACUGCAUGGUGUGUGGAAAGAAAUUCAGUCAGAGCAGUCACCUUAGUGCACAUCACAGAACCCACACAGGGGAGAAACCUUUUCAGUGCGUAGUGUGUGGAAAGAAUUUCCGUUGGAGCAGUCUCCUGACUUUACAUCAGAGAGCUCACACAGGGGAGAAACCAUUUAAAUGUACCGGGUGUGGAAAGGGCUUCACUGUGAGAUCUUGCCUCACUUUACAUGAAAGGACCCACACAGGACAGAAAUCAUUUAAAUGUCUGGAGUGUGGAAAGAGCUUCAGUCAGAGUGGUCACCUUAUUCGGCAUCAGAUAACACAUUCCAGAGAAAAACCAUUUAAAUGUGUGGAGUGUGGCAGUACCUUUACUCGGCAUUCUCAACUUAUUCGUCAUCAAAGAACACACACAGGAGAGAAACCAUUUCAGUGUGUGGAGUGUGGAAAGAGUUUCUGUUUCAGCAGUCACCUUACUCAACAUCUGAGAACCCACUCAGGGGAGAAACCGUUCCAAUGUGCAGAGUGUGGAAAGAGCUUCAGUUUUAGCAGUCACCUUACUCGACAUCAUCGAACCCACACCGGAGAGAAGCCAUUUCAAUGCAUGGAGUGUGGAAAGAGCUUCAGUGAGAGUAUUAACCUUACUGUACAUCUGAGAACCCACACAGGGGAGAAACCGCUGAAAUGCAUGGAGUGUGGAAAGAGUUUUAGUCACAGCAAUAGCCUUGCUACACAUAAGAGAAUCCACACUGGCGAGAAGCCAUUUCGAUGCAUGGAGUGUGGAAAGAGCUUUAGCCACCUUGCUGGCCUUCAUGCACAUAAGAUAACACACACCGGGGAGAAACCAUUUCAGUGCAUGGAGUGUGGGAAGAGGUUCAGCUCCAGCAGCCACCUUACUCGACAUCUUCGAACGCACUCGGGGGAGAAACCGUUUCCCUGCAUGGAGUGUGGAAAGAGCUUCAGUCAGAGCAGUCAGCUUAGUACACAUCAGAGAACACACACAGGAGAGAAACCCUUUAAAUGCACGGAGUGCGGAAAGCGCUUCAGUGCAAAGAGUAUCCUUACUAAGCAUCAGAGAAGCCACACAGGGGAGAAACCAUUCAAAUGCAUGGAGUGUGGAAAGAAUUUCAGCCGGAGCAGCAACCUUACGAGACAUUAUAGGACACACACCAGAGUGAUGGCAGGGAGGCAUUUAAAAUAG